ACCCUUCCCCUCAUUCUUCAUCUCCCCCGAUUCCCCCUCCACCUUCCCUUCUCUAAUCCUUUUCCCGGUGCUCUCUUCAUCCCUCUCCCUCUCUUUCUUCAUUCCUCUUUGCCCAAGACAACAUAUCCCUGCAAAAGGACUUUGUAGUUUAUGCGUUUUUCUCAGCGAAGAUCAUUGCUAUCCAUACGAGGGAGGUCAUCAUGGAUUGCCCAAACAAGGACUGCCACCAUCUCCUAAUACCCUCAGUACCCAUGAUGCUGCAAAGUGGGCUCCUAUUAUGAAAUUGAUCACUCAAUUCCCUUGCCCUUUCAAGUACAUCAUCUCCUGUUCUGAAUUUUCAUUGAUUCGUGGCCGUCGAGGAGCCCACAUGUGGCUUACCCCUAUUAAGGGCGAGUAGCGCAUUGCUUCAUGGAUCUCCAACCGCAUCAUCCAGGGCUUGAUUAACGGAAUUCACCUCUUGGGCCAUAUAGAUUUGAAAUCAAAGGUGGGUUUUAGUGGGUCUUGCUUUCCUUCCUUGAUGGUAUGGGUAUGGAUCCAGAUCUAGUUGCGUGGUUAGAGAUGAAGCAAAAGUUGAGGAUCAGGGUAUGUUUAUAGAUCUAGACUCGUUGCUUUUGUUUGGUUCGAGACCGAGCAGCUAGAUUCACAAUUCUCAUUUCCAGAUGGGUUUGAGAUGCCAAAGAAGACGAUGUUCCUUCUGACAAAAAAGGAAACUGAGUUUAAACUUGCCAGGCAUGCUCAUCGUCAUCGAAAUUGGGUUUAAACUUGCCAAACAUGCUAAUCUUCAUCGGAGAGACGGAUUCUUUCUUCUUUUUGUAUCUUUGUUUUCUAGCCCUAUCCUAUAUCUAG